UUAAUACUACAAGCUGGACUACAGGCAGAGAGGAGGACGUGUCUCCGCUCUGUGGACUGACUCCGUGUGUGUCCUCAGCAGAGGAGGACGUGUCUCAGGCUCAGCUCGGCGCAUUGACGGACUUUAAUUGGGAACGUGAGCCAAGAGGAGGCUCCUGUCGUUGGUGUGAUUUAUUUCUCCUUCAGUACAUGUGCAUGAGAUGAACACAGAUAAUACCGAUAUCAGAGAGUUGAUAUGAGGAGUUAUUAUUGAGGGAGCGACUCAGCGCGGAGGAAGCGCACGGUCAACGCGCACACGUGUGCCGCUUUGCCUUCUGAUUGUCCUCUCUGCUCACUGACAUGGUCUGAACCCUCCUCCUGAGGACACGGGACCAGGGACCAGAGUUGUGGACCAGGGACCAGAGUUGAGGACGCAGGACCAGAGCUGAGGACACGGGUCCAGGUACCAGAGGUGGUAAAGAUGCAGCAGAGCUGGCUGCUGAUCCUCUCCGUGGUGUCGGCGUCAGUCCACGGGCUGCCCACGCGAGUCAGGAGGACUCCAGCCAGUAACACCAGCGCGUCUCUCACUGAGGUGAUAGCAAAGCCUAGUCGUGGCGACGACCAUCAGACUCUCCAGGAGCUCCAGCAGGAGAAUCUGCUGCAGACUCUUCCCUCUGGUCCGUCUCUCCCCAGGUCCAGACACCGCUGGUCCCAGCUCCGUCACCAGGGUGUCCUCCCCCCACCUGAACCCGAGGAGGACCCUGAGCUCUUCAUCCUGGACCUGAGGAACUUCCCAGAGCUGGCCAAUGCAGAAAUGGGCUCACAGAACCCCAACAUCCAGGUGACCAUCGAGGUGGUAGACGACACACAGACUGAGACAGAGGUGGAGAUGGACCUGGUCAAGGACGGUCAGCGUAACGACUGGUCGGCGUCAUCCUCAGAGUGGGCCAAUAGCCACAAGAAGCUGUUCUGGCCACUGUUCUGGGAGUACCCAGAGCAGGUAGACAACGGGCUGGAAAGGGCCAGUUUGGAGGAACAAUCUGAGGACUACAGCUACGACCCAGAGGAGCCCGUCCUGAGUGGAGUGGGGGGAGACUGGGGUGGUCACUGGAACAAUGACUGGGAUGCAAAGGAUAACUACGAGUACGAGGAGGAGUGGAGCGACUGGGCUCCCUGCAGCGUCACCUGUGGACACGGCACCCAGAAACGCACCCGUUCCUGUGGCUACGCGUGCACGGCCACCGAGUCACGCACGUGUGACGUGGCGAACUGUGCCGACACUGUGAUCUCAGCGACUGAACUGACGCCCAUCCAGACGACCAACAGCACUGACUCCCUGGACUCAAACGUAGACAGCUGUGAGAAGUGGCUAAGCUGCAAGAACGACUUCCUCCAGAAGUAUCUGCACCAGGUGCUCACAGAGCUCCCCAGCUGCCCGUGCUCCUACCCCUCCGAGGCCGUCUACAGCGCCGUCAACAUCCACGACGGCAAACUACGCAAGACUUACCGCUGGAGGGACGCAAGCGGACCCAAAGAACGUCUGGACAUCUACAAACCCUCGGCCAGAUUCUGCACCCGCUCGAUGCUGUCAUAUGACAGCACUACGUUGGCGGCGCAGCACUGCUGCUACGACGACCAGAUGAGGCUGAUAACGCGAGGGAAAGGAGCGGGAGCGCCGAAUUUGAUUAGCACGGAGUUCUCGCCGGAGCUGCAUUACAAGGUGGACGUACUGCCCUGGAUCCUGUGCAAGGGGGACUGGAGUCGGUUUCAUUCAGUAAGGCCGCCCAACAACGGGCUGGACUGUUCAGAUAACCCCCCUGAACAAGUGUUUCAGGUAGAACUCAAAGAGGCCAGCGAGUACUGACAGUGUGGAGUCACAACAAAAAGGGAGGACAACAUUGAUGAGAGCUGGGGGUUCAAAUCCCCAUUUCUCUUGUCAUGUUGUCUCCAUCCUGCACAAGCACAGAAAAACUGACCUGCUAUGUUAAUACAGCGUUUCUGUGCUCCUUUAGCCGUGCACGAACUCCUGCCAGCUGAAGAGCUUUGACGUUGCAAUCUCAUGGCCUCCUGCAGCAACAGACACUUUGGUAACUUUGUUUUUUAAAUGGACAUAACUUUCAAAUUCUAUGAAAAUAUGAAUGGAAGACAUGGACAACCAAUACCGGUGAAGCUUUUUUAUACUCAUGUAUGUGUCUGAUGGCAGUGUUAUGUGCGUGUGUACAGUAUCUGUGUGAGUGUGUACAGAGGAAGAGCUUAUUUAUUGAAUUAAACUGAACUAUUUUAAUCAGA